AUGUUUCACACAGAAGGUGGUGCGUUUUUGGAACAAGCUGCCGAAGGAAGUGGUAGAGUGGAUAUAACUGGCAUUAUAAAUAAGGAUGAAUCAAUGGCCGUGCUACAUAUGGAUCAUCUGAAGGCUGUCGAUAAACUUCCAGGCAGAAGGAAGCUGUGGGAUCAAAAGAUGAAGAAUCCCAAAGCCAGGCUCUCCUCAGUCACCAGGAAGAAGAGCUUCUGGAUCCACAAGGUGACAUGCAACGGCAAUGAAUCCCAUCUCUCCCAGUGCACCAUCCAGGUAUCCGCUGGGAAGAGACUGCACCCCUGCGAGAAUGGCAUGCACGCAGUGAUCAGCUGUGUGGCAGGACCGGCUUUCACGCAAGGAACUGGGAAUCGCUUCAGGAAGGCCUAUCAGGCUGAGCAACCACUCGUGAGGUUAAAGGGUGGAGCGCAGACUGGAGAAGGGAGAGUGGAGGUUCUGAAAAAUGGUAAAUGGGGGACGGUCUGCGACGAUCGAUGGAACCUUCUAUCCGCCAGCGUCGUGUGCCGCGAGUUGGGUUAUGGCUCAGCCAGGGAGGCGCUGACUGGAGCUCGCCUCGGUCAAGGUCAGUGUCACCCAGAGAAAUGCGGAUCAAAAAAGUACUGUUGGGGUUUGCCUCCCAUUCUGGCGAUAUUCCCAAUUUACCGUUCCCGUCCUCGGUUCGGAACCCCCCAUCCCUGGUCUGGACUGAUGUCCACUGCCUGCGACCAUCUUGAGAUUGAACUGUAG